UAUUUGAAAAAGCCUAACAGCAGCGCAGCAGCGUUUUUCUCGUUCUAGACAAUUUGGAUGGGAUGUUUACCUGUAAGAAAACCAACAACAACCAUGAAACCGACAGUCUCACAUUAAGCAUGGCCUCAGCAAAUUCUCCCAUGUCCCAUUUUUAUAUCAACAUGUGAAACCAUCCCCUCCCUCACCUCUCUUAAAUUGAUAAAAAAGCAAUAACCUCUUCAGCCUAUGAUAGAAAUUCCAACAUGGAGAGUGGGAAACACUUUGUUUUGGUCCAUGGAGCUUGCCACGGAGCUUGGUGCUGGUUCAAACUUGUGAACAUGCUUAAACUUGCUGGUCACCAGGUCACUGCCUUGGACCUCGGUGCUUCUGGGGUUCAUAAGAGGCAGCUCGAUGAGAUUUCUUGUGUUGCGGAUUACGUGCACCCACUAAUGGAGUUCAUGGAUUCUCUCCCUCAAGAUGAGAAAGUGAUUUUGGUUGGUCAUAGCUAUGGUGGGCUCUGUAUUUCCCUAGCCAUGGAGAACUUUCCCGAGAAAAUUUUGGUUGCUGUAUUUGUCUCGGCUUAUAUGCCCCAUCUCAAGUCUCCUCCCGGAUCUCUCAUACAACAAUACUUCAAAAGGACUUCAGCAGAGUCAUUGAUGGAUUGCCAUUUUACAUUUGCUAAAGGUCUGGAAAAGCCUCCAACUUCAGCAAUCUUUGGUCCACAAUACAUGAAAGCUAAGUUGUACAAACACUGUAAACCAGAGGAUCUUGAACUGGCAAAGAUGUUGAUAAGACCAACAGGGUUAUUCUUGGAAGACUUUGCCGAUGAUUCUCUGCUGACUGAAAUGAAAUUCGGGUCUGUGAAUCGGGUUUUUGUAGUUUGCGAGGAUGAUGAAGUGAUGAUGGAGGAAUUUCAGGAAGACAUGAUCAAGAGAAAUCCACCUAAAGAAGUGAAGGUGAUUAAGGAAUGUGGACAUAUGGUCAUGCUUUCAAAACCUAAAGAGCUUUGCCAGUGCUUGGAGGACAUUGCUCACAAGUUUAGUAAUUUGCCAUAGCAUGAAAAUUAUUUAGUGUAUCCUACGUAUGUACUCUAUUAUAUAUAAAAAUACAGGUCUUAUUAUUUAUAAUUCAAAAAAAAAAAUAUAUCAAUCGCUUUAUUGAC